AUGGCGGCUCUUCUCUUGUCUCAAAAUGCUUUAACUGUUGGUCCAUCAUUACGACUUCAAGGAUUAAACGAUGUUGGUCUACAUGGAAAAGGCACUGCUAUUUUCUCUGCUUCUGGAUCAUCAGACAGGAAUUUGUCUACCUCAGCCAUCAUGGAAAGAAUUCCAAGCAAGUGGCCACGUCCUGUGUGGCAUCCUCCAUGGAAGAACUACAGGGUCAUAAGUGGGCAUUUGGGAUGGGUGAGAUCUAUCGCAUUUGAUCCUAGCAAUCAAUGAUUUUGCACUGGCUCUGCAGAUCGGACAAUUAAGGUAUUAAGCUUUUACAAUUGUGCUUUUUGAUGAUUCCUGGUCUUCUUUUGUUUGUAAAAUUUGCUGAUCAUAGAUGCUCACUUUUUAGUUCUUUGGUUGCUACCAUUUGCUAAUUUAAAUUUCUAUGUAUAGUUCUUUUGGUUAGUUGAACGAGAUGAUUUGGUUUGUUGA